CAGCCUCAAAUUGGCUUACGAUACUUCCAUACCUGCUGUUGCUGCGGCAGUAUCCACAUGUUUCUCGUCAGACGUUGCUACCCUCUGGAUACAAGGCCAACGUCGGACCUCGUGUUGGACAAUAUCUACACACAAUCUACACCUACCUACGUAGGCUUGGACAACCAUUCUUCAUUAUAUGAUAUUCAGAUUAGGUAACAUCUAUACCUCAGCCAAGUCAUGAUGGCGUCUACGACGGUGCUCUAUCAGAUGGACAAAGAGCAGCAACAAAUGUCAUGUUGGCCGGAGAAUGAGGAGCUCGGCGGUGUUGUGACAACAAGCGAGAACUUCUUUGACGAUGAGUUUGUCACCUUUGAUGCCAACGAUCUUCUCAAGGACCCUCAGAGUCCCUCAGCCAUUCUCGACUCGCUCGAUGACAGCUUGACCAACUCAUCCAAUGAUCAGGACAGUUUCCCAGUCCCGUCCUCGACGGAAGAUAUUACGGGUUUCUCUAUUCAGAACUCCUUUCCAAGACCGAACGAAUCACUACCGGCAUUUUUGGGUGCGACAGAUCCAGUGUUGGGAUCCAUAUCCGACUCUGAGCUGUUAAGGUUGGAGGGAAUUUCACUCAAGUCACCAAAUGGCGACACCACAGCACCAUCGAGUCCUUUUUUGCUACAACAACAUCCUAGUCCGACCAAGAAAAGCCGGCUUGUAGAUUCUGUAUAUGCCACUUUUCGAAGAGCAACAAAUAUUUCGAGACCACCAAGAGCUAUGCAGCUUUUCAAGGGGGAACCUGACACUAUACAUAACCAACCACAGAACUAUGACUGUACGACAAACCGAUUGGAUCUGAAGCAUGAGCCUAUAGACAACAACGGACUGCCAUUAUCGCCGCCCCUCACGAGUAGGAUUCCACAGACAGGAUCGUAUUCGAAUCAUGUGCCGUUCAUGACUGGCGACAUCGAAGAUCCUUUCAGUGAUAAGCUUCUGAGCCUGCCCACAGCUAAUGGUCCCAGCACGCCAAUGAACACGCCGGCAAUGACUGAUGAAUUCUUCUUCAAGGUUACGCCCAGCCUCAAUCUCAACACUACACAGAUCCAACAACCCAAACAACGGAACACCAGCUCAGCCGAAUGGCCCGUGGAUGGGAUCAUCAACGAUGACACUUCGCGCCACUGGACUUCAGUGGGUAGAUCUUAUAUCCCCGACAACAACACGCAGCACAGUCCCGGCUGGUGGGAUGCACCAUCAACACCCAGCACAACACUCGUACAUCCUCCAUUGUCAAACACUGUACGCAACACCUCCUUCAGCCACAAUCAUGCAGUGCAUCACCAACAACCCGAGCUGCCCUACGAAUACUCGUCUGACCUGUCAGGCCUCAUGAUCCACAUGCCGCAGCCACGACAACCACAAGCCGCCGUGCUAGCGGCCAACGUUCCGGAGCAGCUCAUGACGCCGACCCACCACUCUUGUCACCCUCCGCACCAUCGGGGACACUAUACGGAGCACCACCACCGGCGUCCGCAGCCGCGCGCCCCAUCAUCUGGCGCCCGCCACCACCACGACUCCAUGACCUCGCCGCGCAAGUCGAGCCUACACCACUCCUCGCCCCGAAAGAUGCUAGUCCACCAGGAGGGAUCCGUGUCGCCGUCCCCCCAGUCUCACCACCGCCCCAGGCGCACGACGAGCUCCUCCAGCAUCUCGGUGCGGAACCAGAGAUCCUGGUCCCGCGCACCGCGGACGCCGAAUCCUUCCUCGCACUCCGUCUCUUUCGGCGGCGGGAGUCCCGAAGGAGGAGGCGGUGGCGGUGGCGGUGGUGCGGCUACCGGAGAUGUCGGCUUCGUGAAUUACACGCCCAACGAUAAGAAUGUCCUGAUGAUGGGCGUGGCGCCGAGCGGAAGCAGCAAGACCAAGGCGCGGAGGGAAAAGGAGGCGGCGGACCGGAGGAGGCGGUUGAGUGAGGCGGCCGUCAAGGCGGUACAGGCCGCCGGGGGUGAUGUGGAUAAGUUAGUCAGGGAAGGGUUUUCGUUUUGAAUGCGCGAGUCAAGUCUAAGGCAUAUGGAAGAGGCCGCGGCAAAUCCGUGUAUCAUUGUCUUUCUGUGUGUUGCUCUGAAGAGGGGACUAUGGCGGCAAGGAUUCAUCUUGAACUGGGGUGAAAUACGGAUU